GCAAGAAGUGAAGACCACACUAGCACUUGAGAUCCUAACACCAUCAAUAUGGUUAUGGCUACUAAACAUUCUCUUCAGCUGUUAGCGAUGCUCAUCUUCCUCAUAAGCUUGUUGGCUCUUACUAAGCCAACAAUGGCAGAUGAUGAUAUCCCAGAAGAUUUUAGUAGUAGUUAUUUUCCAGAUGACUUCAUUUUUGGGACAGCCACUUCUGCUUACCAGAUCGAAGGUGAAGCAACAACAAAGGGCAGAGGACCUAGUGUAUGGGACACAUUUUCCAAGGAGACGCCAGAAAGAAUAUUGGAUGGCAGCAAUGGAGACGUUGCAGUUGAUUUCUAUAAUCGCUUCAAAGAAGAUAUAGCAAAUGUGAAGAAUAUGGGUUUUAAAGGUUUCAGAAUGUCCAUUUCAUGGUCCAGAGUUAUACCUAGUGGAAGGAGACGUGAAGGAGUGAAUAAGGAAGGGAUUGAAUUUUACAAUAAUGUUAUCAAUGAAAUUAUAAGCAAUGGAUUGGAGCCUUUUGUUACUAUUUUUCAUUGGGACACUCCUCAAGCCCUAGAGGACAAGUAUGGUGGAUUUUUAAGUCGUGAUAUUGUGUAUGAUUAUUAUGAAUAUGCGAAUCUUCUUUUUGAAGAAUUUGGUGAUCGAGUGAAGUAUUGGAUGACUUUCAAUGAACCAUGGUCUCUUAGUGGAUUUUCCUAUGAUUAUGGGGUUUUUGCACCUGGUCGAUGCUCAUCUUGGGUGAAUCGUCAAUGUCGUGCUGGAAACUCAGCCACUGAACCAUACAUAGUUGCCCAUCAUCUGCUUCUUUCUCACGCUGCAGUUGUUCAAUUAUAUAGAGAAAAAUUCAAGCCAAUUCAUGGUGGCCAAAUUGGGAUAACACUCUUUACCUUCUGGUAUGAACCUUUGUCCAAUGAACCAGCGGAUGUAGAAGCAGCCAAAACAGCUCUUGAUUUCAUGUUUGGAUUGUGGAUGGAUCCUAUGACCUAUGGCACAUAUCCAAGAACUGUGAGGGAUUUAGUUGGAGAUAGAUUACCCAAGUUUACUGAUGAAGAAUCUAAGCUUCUUAGAGGAUCAUAUGAUUUUCUUGGGUUACAAUAUUACACUUCAUAUUAUGCAAAACCAAAUGCUACAGUUGAUCCAAAUCAUAUUAGAUACAAAACCGAUAAUCAUAUUACCGAGACUCCAUAUGAUUAUGAUGGUAAUCUCAUUGGUCCACAGGCUUACUCAUCUUGGUUUUACAUUUUCCCAAAAGGCAUCCGACAUCUUUUGAAUUACACCAAAGACACAUACAAUAACCCAGUAAUUUAUAUUACUGAGAAUGGGGUUGACAAUAAUAAUAAUGAAACCCAACCCAUUGAGGAAGCGCUUCAGGAUGAAUUCAGAAUAAAUUAUUAUCGGAAGCAUUUGUGGAAUGCAUUGGGAUCCCUGAAGAAUUACUCAGUUAAUGUCAAAGGUUACUUUGCAUGGUCAUAUUUGGACAAUUUCGAAUGGAAUAUUGGUUAUACAUCAAGAUUUGGUUUGUACUAUGUAGACUACAAAGAUAACCUGAAAAGAUACCCCAAAGAUUCAGCUAAAUGGUUCACAAAAUUCCUGAAACAUUCGCCUAAGAAGCCAUUGCAAUCAAACAAGAUCUACGAGGUUACUUCAAGGAAUUCAAGGAAGGUUGGGAAAUACUACAUAAUGUAGCCUAUGUUGUGUGACUUUUAUGUGUCGCUUGCAAUUGAAUAAUAUCGUUGGACUACUCUCAGCUCCAAUGACCUAGAUUGUCUUGUAAUAGAUCUUUGGAUAUGUUAUGUUUCCUAUAGGAAUUUCAAGCUUGGGCUGUAUUGUUAUCCUAUCUUUGAAAUGAAUGUUACUGUCUAUCAUUUUGUGUUGUGUUUAAA